CGUGAGUUAUUGCAGAAGAAAAGAAUGCAUAAAAAAGAUUACAAGGACUCUCACGCAAGAGUCUGCUUGAGUAGACUCACGCGACUUUUGGAUAUGGACAUUCUUGAGGACUUACAGCAACUUGAAUAUACGGGAAACGUAACUAGAAAUCUGGAGAUUGUAACGACUGUGAAACCUCACCGGAGCUUUUUUUCCAAAUCAACGGAAAAACUAAACAAAAUAAUGAGCAGAAAAGGUGCGUAGUUUUUUUACUUUUUAAGUUGGUCCUCGAUGAAUAGGUAUGUCCUUCACAAGUUUAGAAUGAUUUUGCGUUCAAAGUAAGUGACAGAGCUGAUAACCUAGCUUUGCGUUUCUUUGGGAUGAUCCGGAUCAGGAUCAGGAAUCCGAGAUCAAUCGGAUCAAGUGGCAUCAAAUGAACCGAUGAGUUUUUACACUGAGUGGAUUCACCGGUUCCUUUGACAUUUCAUGAUCUGAUUAUUCGAAUUAGUUUGUGGUGCGUUCCAUUGGGAUGAUUUGGAUCAGGAUCAGUGAUCUGAGAUCACUCAGGUCAUAGCACAUCAAGGUAACUGACAAAUCCAUCCUUGGAAAGAUUUGUUGUCGGUUCAUUUAGUUUGCUAUGAUCCGAGUGAUCCUUAUCCGGAUCAUCCUAAAUGGAUGCAUUCCAUGUUCACACCUAGGGCCUAUUCUCGAAAGUCCUGUAACUUUUUAUUUUUGCCAUGUUUGCAUUCAAGAUCACAGUUUCAAUAAUUUUGAAAAUGAUACUAUGAAACUAUCAGUUAAAGUAGCUAGGAACUGUACUUGCUACUAUACAACAGGUUAUGGUUUUUAAAAUUUGCCUUUGGGCUCAAAAAGUUACAGGGCAUUUUGAGGAAAGGUCCCCUGGUGUUGGCUCAGCAGGAAGAUAUGGAUACAUGUGUGAAUUAGCAGUGACGAUUGCCUUGGAACUUAAGCCCAGUCCUCACUAGUGACGAAAACUCAAGCAUUAGUAUAAUCAUAAGAGUAUAAACAUAAUGUAAGCAUGAGCCUAAGAAGUGAUUUUCUUGUGUUCAUGCUUAUUAUGCUUGUGUCAAGGCGAUCCUUGUUAGCACAUAAGCUCCUAAUGUUCACACUUAUGCUUAAGCUUGCGUUCCUAGUAAGGACCAGGCUUGAAAGAAAACCGAGUUUUAAGACUUUGUUCUGAUCUGUACCUGAGUCCUGUACUGUGCCCAAAUUCUGAACUGUACUCAGGCCCAAUACCGUGCCCAAAUUCUGGUGUGUGUGCCUGAAAAAAGGGUGGUUCACAUUAGUGCCCAGGUAGCACUGUAUUUGGGAAACAUAUCAAGUAUGAACAUACCAUACCAAUACCCCACUGGGUACUAAUCCAAAAUAUUAUUUGGGUGAUAAUUAAGAAACCAUUUUAAUAUCAUUUUUGUUUUCUUUGUUUGACAUUUUCGUGUUUAAGGUUUCAAGACAAAGUAAAAUAAAAAGAAUGUGAAAAAACUUCCAAUGUUCAAAGUUUUGAACCUUCAAAUUCUUUGUUUUUUGUUUUGUUUUUGUAACCAUGCAAAGAUGACUUGCGUGAUGAACUGAUCAAUGUCAACAUCCCCUCCCUGAGAAUACCUGAUGUAAACCUGUCCCAAAAAAGUUCAAAUGUAGAGUGUACCACUAGAGAUUUGAGAUACUUUACAUGAAAGGUUUAUGAUCUACCGGUACCUAGUUAAAAAACGUGCAACAAAUAUCAAAAUAAAAUACAACACUGGUAAGUCAUCUACAUGUAUCUCCUAGGCAGUAAAACACACUUAUAAUAAUAUGCAUCUGGGUGCCAUGUAAAUGGCGUUACGUGUAGUUACUGUCAAGGAAGGCACUCUUAGUAUUUUGUCUAAUGGAAACUUAUCUUUUGCAAGCAAGUAUUACCUGCAUUCUAAUUUCAACAUUCAAGGAGUUACUGUUUGUUAAACAUAAAAUGUAAUAAGUUAUUUGUAACCAUAAUGAUUUUUCAACAGGGAACCAUAAAAUAUUUGGCCAUUCCCUAACGGUGGAUGCUGUACACAGAAUUUCGACACUUAUUGUUUUCUUAAAGUCACGUGAGUUUAGCUGUCUUUUUUAUUAAAUAAUCAUGCAAUUUAUUAUUGUGGACAGGUACACAGGAUGCAAAGAAAGUCAGUUUUACAGCUUGCCAUUUAGACAAGCUGUAGCUAGCAUAUACAUGUACUAGCCAUACUAACUAUCAUAAUUCAACAGUUGGGCAAGUUAAGAACAGAAUUCACUAGCCCAAUAGUAAAAUCAACCAGCUCUGGGCUGUCGGACACCACUUUCUUUGCAUGCUGGGUCCAUCCUUGCCAUUACAUACAUGAACUGGCCAUCAGCUUAUUAAGUAUUGCAGAAAAUAAAGUCCUCAGUGAAUUUUUAUGUAUAUACAUAUGUACUGUUAAAUUCUCCUCUUGUUUCACAAGAAAACACAAGGAAAUUUGGUUGGAGAAUCUUGUAGUUAGCCACCCUUUCAUAUCUUUUUUUUUGUUAUAUCUUGUACUUGGUAUUAACUGGAAAAUUGGCAGAUGCUCUUUAUUCAAAUGACACUAGAAGAUGUACAGAUUAUCUUGAUAGAGGAGUUAUUCAUUAUCAGAAAAUCUGGCAUGAAUUAAGUUGGCCUUUGGAUAAGCUGAUGAUCAAAUUGGCCUAGAAAAGUUGCUUUAUAGACAGACAAAUGGAGGAGCAAAAUCAGAUGAAUUUUACCUCUGAAAUAUUGAUUGUUCUGGUUUCACACCAGAGAACUUGUCCAGGGAAAACUGAAAAUAUCAGACCCAAAGGAUGUUGAUUACAGUAUUUCCUGGAGGCAGAACUCUGCAAAUUUGUGCAUUUGGGAGUCUACAAUCUUAACCCACUACUUGAUUAGACUAGAUUCCCAAAUCUCUUGGCUCAGACAAGACAUUUGCAGAAUUCCAGCUUUUAUUCUACCAGAUCAAUAAUAAUAUUAUUGUUGUUACAUUCAGCAACGCAGGUUGCUGACCAUACUGGGUGUUCAAAUUUAUCAAAUUUAUCAAAUACAAAUACCAUACCUCACUGGAAAAUACACAGCCAUAAUACAGCCAUUAUUUUUUGAUAGUGUACCUGUAGUCAGUAAACUUUAAUUACUGGUAACGGAUAGUAAGAAGCUUGUAGGAUGUACGGCCAUUCAGUCAUUUUUUUUUCAGAUGUGAGCAAGGAAGGCCUAUUCAGGGUAUCAGGCAGUAAAAAAAGAGAGGAAGAGUUAAAAUCCUUGCUUGAUAAAGAAGAGCAUGUUGACUUUGACAGUGGUAGAUUCACUCCCCAUGAUGUAGCAUCUGUUCUGAAGAUCUUUCUUGGUGAUCUUCCAGAACCACUCCUAACCCAUGCACCUCAGGAUGCUUAUCGCAAAAUCACAGGCAAGUUUCAUGCGUUCAAUAGUCUUUUUAAAUAAAAGACUGUAUAUUGUCUUAUUCUUUGAGCUACUUUAACUGGUUGUAAGAAUUGUUGUAAAUUAUUGUGUUAUUGGUCUGCCUAUUUUUUAAACUUUUAUUAGCUUCAUUAACAUGGUCACCUCAAAAAAAUUAUGUUGUGCUGGUUUUGUGCCAAACUAGCAUGUGACCUCUGGCUCUCAUGCAAAAAUGUUCCUUAUUAGUUAUAAUAUCUAUUUCAGUGGCUGAAUGCAUGGCAAGUGAUGGAUGAGAAACGGAUAGCCAAGCCAUAUGAAACAGAACCGCCAUACAAACAAAUGGCUGAAGGACAUUUUUGAAGGAUGAGGUCGAAUGGCUGAAUGGCUAAAGAAAAUUAUUUCCUGGCCACCCAAAGGCAAAACUUAGUCACCAGGGGCCAGCCCUGUAUUGACAACCCGCUAUUAUUCUUAUGGCUGUUUUUAUCAUAACAUUAACUGCCUACACUUCCCAAAAUACCAGAAGCCUCGUGAUUUUUUUUAUCUUAAUUUGUUGUUGUUAUCAGGAGAAUCUCUUUUAUUGACAUUGCAAAACUGCUCUCUCUUAAUUCUUGCUUUUAGAAAUCCCCAAUGAUGAAUCUGAGGCCAAGCUGAUUGAAGCAUUACAGCUUCUGUUUCUUUUGGUACCACCUCAAAACAGAAUUCUCCUACAGCAGUUGUUGGGGCUUCUCAACCUGGUUGCUAAGAAUGCUACUAGUAAAAUGACAGCCCACAAUCUUGCUUUGGUUUUUUCACCUAACAUAAUGGACUUCAAAAAGGUGCAAUUCAUUUUAAAACUUACAGAGGCAAUCAUUAUUACAUGACACAUGUAAGAACUUGUGAUGAGGAGUUACAGGCAUCAUUUUGCACUUGAUUCUCAGAUUGGUUCAGAAAUGCAUACUGAUUUAAAAGAUCUGAUCUUUGAAUUGAUGGAUACCUUGAAUUUGGAACUGUGCAAUAUUAUUUACCCAAUUGUAUUUGUGUUUUUUGUCAGAAAAUAACUUGUCUAAGCCAGUUUCCUGAGGACAUACCAGACAUGCAGAAACUGGUCACUUCCAUGAUUUGCCAUGCCGAAGAACUCUUCAAGGUUUACUCAUAAUUAGUUACAUUGAGUGACAUUCAUGCUUCUAGACAUCUCUAAGCUGCCAUAUAACGUGUAAUGUUCCGUUUAUUUUAUAAACACAGUCAAUGAAAUUCGAAUCCAUUUUGCUUUAAAAAUUUGCUUGCUUGAAUAGGUGUUAUUUAUUAUGUAAGGUCAUAAGAAUGGUGAUCAUUUCAUGUGUUAACUUCAACAUAAUAUGUUAUUUUCACAUGUGAAAAUAUCAUGUUUUCACACUUAAGCUCACCUGGUUCAUAUUUGCUGUUUACAUAAUAAUAAUGAUAAUGAUAAUGAUAAUGAUAAUGAUAAUGAUAAUGAUAAUAAUAAUAAAAUAGCUAUUGCUUAGAAAAGAAUGCAUGGGUUGUUUCAUAAACUGUACGUUGGAUAUUUAGAGUGAAUAGUUAUGCAGUAACGUAAGACUUGUAUAAAAAUUAUGUAGACUCCUAGCCUGUGCCAGGCAUUCAGAUAGUAGGAAGUAGUGCAUAGUAAAAAGGGGCACAAGAGAGGGAAAUAAAAAAAUUCCACUAUUUUUUUACUUCGUGCUGCUUUCUACUAUCUGCGUGCCUGGAACAGACUCCUACAGGUCAGGAUCCUGGCUACAACACUGGUUUGCUUUACUGGCAAAGCCAAGCAUGGGACUUGGCUGGUUGCUGAUGCUCUUAUUUGCAUUUUAUAAUCAGGGCUGUAACUAAGGACCGAGGCCCGGGGAUUUCCCCCUGUUACUAUGAGCAUGACUCCCGGCUAUUUUUAAUAGGAAACAAAAGGAAAAUGAGACCAAAAGAACUCCCUUUUUCUGUUUAGAUGAACCCCACCUACUGACCCACUGCAUAUACCUGGCAACUUGAAAUCUUAGUGACAACCCUGUAUAAUAGUUUUGGCAUUGACACAACAUGGGUCCUCUUAUCACAGGUUUAACUGUACAUAUAAUCCUAUUCUAUUCAAUGUUAUUCUCAAUUCUAUUGCAGACAAAAUCCAUAUAAUACUUCUCCGUAUUUGUUUGAGUGAUGUUGUUGAGCCAUCCAGUUCUCUCUACCUCUUGUGCACUGGGUUAUUAUUGUUGCGUUUAUAACACCUGAUUGACUGAUGAAUGUGCUUUUUACAGAUUCCAAAUGGACUUUUAGAAGACAUUGAUGCAGCAGAAGCAAUUGUUCAAAAGGGAAGCGUGAGUUGGUUUUAACUGACCGAAAGUAUUACAAUUUUUUAACCCUAAAUAUAGCUGGGAAUUUACAGCUAGUCAAGGCUUACAUAAUUUGACCUCUAAAUAACGAUCUCUAAAAUCUUCAUACAUACCCUUAUAGUAUUUCUGUUAUGCAACAACGAUUUUCACUUGUGAGCUUGGAGUAACUGUGCUCAAGCGACUUCUCCAGACAAAAACAAAAAAAUGAAUAAAAAGGAAAAUCAAGGGCUUUCAGUUUGUAUUUCUGUUUUCUACAUGCUUUACUUGACACCUUCCCUUUUUCCAUCCCCAUGUUAUGAUUUACACUUUACCGGAAUGCCCGUCCCAUUGCCUCUUCCUUCUCUACAGUUCUUCCCUAUGCUAAUUAAGUAUCAAGAAGGCCAGGAGCCCCAACCCCCCCCCCCUCCCCUCCUAAAAAGGCCUUAUGGGGCAGUGUUUUUGUUUGGACUUUAUAAAGAGUCAUUGGGCUGAGCGUUCUAGUCAGAUAUUCUUAGGCUUCCUCACGCAAAGAACGUGACACAGCCCUGAGAAGCGUCUGUGUAGGAGGCUAGCUAAGUAGUUAACCUUUUUUACGUCAUUUUAACCCAACAGGAGGAACUGCCGGUCACGCGCACAUUUUGUCAGCAGAUGCAUCAAACCGUCCAUAAACAAACCGUUCAACAAACAACGACUGAGGCUUUAAUACAGCUCUACAACCAUGUGAUUGACUUGCCUGAUGGACCUGUUAAACAAAAGUUCAUGCAAAGGGUGAGAAUAACAAGUAACUUUCAUUAAAAUUCUGCAGUUUUUAAUGGUUUUAGAUGUUCACAUAAUUUCUUAAAAUUUCUUUGCAGUUUCAGAAAGUGCAUCCCGGUACACCUCCUUUUGUUCCUCGUUCCAAGGUUUGAUCUUUUUGAUACCUUUGGCAUGUUUUUUUGUAGUUCGUAUGUGUUAGGUAGACUUACCCACAAGUGGAGCCCAAUUUGUACCAAUUUGUACCGAGUGCGAAGCGCGAGCAGGAGAUUUUUUGUUUUCUGCGGCCAAAGCGUGCGAAAGAGCGGGAGCUCGGCCUACUAAGAAACGGUAUUUAUAGGUAGAAUAUCUGGAUUAGUACACUCUUUUUUCCUAUAAGAAUAUUGAGGCUGAAAUUUGCAAAAUUUUAAGAAUAUUUUAAGAAUAAACGCGAGACUGAGAAUUUGAAAAUUUUUUUAUAAAUACAGCACAAUUUAUGUUUUUAGCUUAACCGUAGAAAAUUAUUCCUUUUACUAUACGGUAAGAACACUGGUGAUUGAAACCCCAGGAAAUACCAUAAGCUAUAAUUUAUAAUUAAGAAUAAUUUAAGAACAUUUUCAGCCUUAAGUCGAUAGCAAAAUAAGAAUAUUUAGCCUGUCCGGAAAAACAGUAUUCUUAUAUAUAAAAAGAGUGUGGCCGAAAGGUCAUUCUUUGUCCGAGUCGCCUGUGUUGCUGACUGAGAAAACAUCAUUCUUAGAACAGAAAAGGUACACACAGUACUUCCGAGAAAAGGUAGGAAAAAUUGCUCCAUGGACCGCGAGGGCCAGCCAGGAUUCCUGCUUUUCCCCACGAAGAUUUCCGGGUUAGUUAAAGGAGCAAAAAGAACAGCAACCACGGGAAUUCGGGUCCAGAAUUAAAUUUAUCGCAGAUGGGAUUGGGAAAAAAUGGUGGAUGGGAUAGUAUGAAAUGUUGAAAGAAAAUUUAAAAAAAAAAUCAUGACGAUGAAUUAAAAGUAAGAAAACAUGUAACGCUUUGUCGUUCGUGUCUCAGAUAAACCCUGUAAACCAAAUGGACGUUUCCACGCCAGUGAAAUCAACGGGAAAACCAAGCGCUUUAAAAAAUGCCUCACAGUCACCUAUCACAGAGAGAUACACAGCAACAAGUACGCCAACGAUGAUCAAAAGAGUUACAUUUGAUGUUGUUGACACCCCAGAUUCCUUGUUUGGUCGCGCACCUCAGUACAAAGCCACUCCCUUUCUGUCCAGAAGAACAAUAAAAACACCUUCAGGUGUGAUGUGUUCGCAAAAGACUCCACAAAGCAACCAUAAACGAAGAAGUUUAUCGCCGUCCAGUCCGGAAGAUUUGCUUUCAACUAGAAAGGAUCCUAGGGUGUCCUCAGUUCUUACUCCAAGAAACAGUGCAGCAUUUAACACCCCAUCGGGUUUCAUGAGUGCAGCUUUGGACUUCUCUUGUGAUGAGGUGUUUUCCACCCCUGCAAAGAUACGACGCAGUUCUCCUCCCAAGAUGAGGCUUUCGGAUAAUGAUCAUUCGGUAAGUAUCUAAUAGCAUAUAAUUUUGACAUGUAAUUGUAAAUAGGAGUGAAAUUGCGAGAGUUGAAGACUACGCGCGUGUGAGCUCCAGAGGACCAGAUUUCUCCUCCUCCUCGUAGGCUGAUCUUGAGGUCGAAUUGCACCAUGGAACGUUUUUGGAGACGCCAUCGCUCAUUUUAUUGGCUCAGGAAACUGGGUCAGCAUUCGUUCCCCCAAACAGUCCCACAGUGCUGUUCUUUAUCCCAGUCUCUUGUGCAACCUCAAAGUGUCCAAUUAGAUCUCUUUAAAUAGAAUAGAAUGAUCUUUAUCAUGCUUUUGACGAUGUACAUGGUUGAUAUUACAGUCUAGUAGGUUUACAUACCAAUACAACAUUUAAAUCAAAUUUAAUGAAAAUAAUGAGCAAAGCUAGGAAGCUAAAUGAACCAGUUGGCCUGAUUGGUCAAUUAAAUCUUGAUGUUAUUGGUCGCUUGUCGGCUGAGCCGUGAUGUUACUGGUUAUGAAGACUCGAAAUUUCAUUGAUCUGUUACGAUCCGUCCAUUGUACAGUUUUUAGUCAAAUUAUCCGUUGUCGAGUCAUUCUACCGUAGUUAGUUUAGCUCGAGUCCAGUGUCAACAGUAGUCCGAUUCAGGACUACGUUUACCCGGACGAUCAUUCCCAACUUCCUUAUGAAAUGAUUCCUGGGUUCAAACUUUUACGUCACAGUUUUACGCCAUCUUUUGGUACUUACACAAUAAAGGGGUGCGUAUGUGCGUGUAUAAGCAUGAUUACAUGAAGUACAAUUUCCCUUUUUUUUUCCAGAUGGAAGAGUUUUACAUAUGAUGUAACAGUUUAGCCUUACUUGGAUGAACAGCCAUCUGAUAUCAGACGGCUGAUAGGUCUUGGUAUCAACUCGAUAGACGGAACUACACAGGGAUUUCAGCGUGGCAGAUUUCCCCUCAGUUCCCGGGACUACACUGUUUGAAAAACUAUUUCCAUUUGUUCGAACGAGUGCGGAUUAUUGGUUUUAGCACCUUAAUCGGCUCCUGGUUUUACUUAUUUUUGUGUUUAUUUAAGUCUCAGAAAGUAAUACCGGUGUUAAUAUUUAAAUUUAGGUAUCCUUUUGUACUAUAAUAGGCCUUUAUACUAUGCGUAAAUGUACUUUACCGUCUGUUCUCCACACCUUGUAGGUUUAUUCAAUAUUUAUUUAUAUAUUUAGAAGUUA